AUGCGCAUGUCAAUCGCUGCCGCCGUCCUGGCUGCUGUCAGCGUCUCAGCUCAAGACACUGGCAAACUCGGAGAUGCUGCAGUCGUCACCAACAACCCUGCUGGAGCUGUGUACAAGGCAACACUGCCUGACACUGCCUUUACCAAGAGCGCGUACCCCAAUGGAGGCAAUGUGAAGGGCGCCGUCUACGCCCUGUCCAGCCCAGAUGGUACCGGUGUUAUCUUCAAGGUCAAUUUCUCCGGCCUACCAAGUGAAGGUGGCCCUUUCAUCUAUCAUCUUCACGACCAGCCUGUCCCAGCUGAUGGAAACUGCACUGCGACACUGGCCCACCUUGACCCUUACCAGCGCGGGGAGACCACGCCAUGCGACUCCAGCGCUCCUCAAACCUGCCAGGUUGGCGAUCUGUCGGGAAAGCAUGGUAACAUCACCGGUACCUCGAUUGAUGCUACCUACACCGACAACUUCGCCUCCCUCGAGCAGGGCAUCGGUGCGUUCUUCGGAAACCGGAGUAUUGUGGUCCAUUUCGGCAACAAGACCCGUAUCACUUGCGCCAACUUCACGGCUGUCGAGGCUGGAAACACUUGCAGUGGAUCCGGCUCUCCCUCCUCGACUGCGUCCAGCACCGGAACAGCCCCAACCAGCACCGGUGGUGCAACUACCACUACCGGCUCGCCGAUCGGUAGCAACGCGACCGCCACGGGCUCGAGCCCGUCGUCGACCACAUCCUUUGUCCAGGCCGCUGGAAACGCCAACGCCCCGGCUUUGAUGCUCGUCGCCGGAGCUGCGGCCCUCGCAUUCCUGCUCUAA